CGAAAGAGGCACAAGGGAGAGACAGAGGGAGAGAAAGAGAGAGUGGAGUUCCAAUGGCGUCUAAGGGAGCAGCAGGAGUUGUUAGGGUUCCAGAGAUGGAGAAGUUGAGUUUGGAACAGCUGAAAGGUCUGAAAGAACAAUCAGACCUAGAGGUAAAUCUCCUUCAGGACAGCUUGAACAACAUUAGAACAGCCACCGUUCGUCUCGAGAUGGCUUCCAACGCCCUCCAUGAUCUCUCUCUCCGUCCUCAAGGGAAGAAAAUGUUGGUACCUCUAACGGCUUCGCUCUAUGUUCCGGGGGCACUCGAUGAUGCAGAUAAAGUACUUGUCGAUGUUGGCACUGGAUACUUCAUUGAGAAAACAAUGGCUGAAGGCAAGGAUUACUGUGAGCGGAAAAUAAACUUGUUGAAAUCUAACUACGAGCAGCUUAUUGAGGUUGCAUCCAAGAAGAAAAGUAUAGCAGAUGAAGCUGGAGUUAUGUUACAGGCAAAGUUGAGGCAGGUUGCUCCAACCACAUAGGUAGUCCAUGUAUUUUAUAAUUUUUUUUUGGUUAACAUGUAUUUUAUAAUACCUGGUUUGAAAUAUAGGAACUUCAGGCUUUCCCCAGUGAAAUAGUUUGUGAAAUCAGAAUUUGCUGUUGCAGGAAUUAUUUAUUAUUCUCAUUUCUAUCCA